AGAGUUGAACAAUAAUGCUCUCAUUAUUCUGUAGAUGACACGAGGUAUCUUACUCUAUGAUGAAAAAGGCUUCGUAUCAUAUGAUAUUUUCCCAAAUUGUAAGUAGAGAACCACCGUCAACUGUAAGCCUAUGAACUAAGUAUUCUCUGAGGAAAUAACUUUUCCAGCCAUUCAGUAUGCGUCUUUGCGACGCUUUGCUGUCGGUUUGUGCGCUUGUAUUAUAUUCUCCCUUAGAAAUGUUACAUAAUAAUAAUAAUAAAAACUGCUAAAGGUUCCACGUGUUGAUUAUGCUACCUACGCAAUCGAUACGUGUGACGGGUCUCCUAUUGAGUGAAGCCGGUCACGUUCCUGAUCAGCGCACAUGGUAAUCAGUUUUGACAAUAUAUUUCCCGUAGUAAGUGAUAUACGGUAAUGGUAGCUUUUGUAGAACAGGUGCACAACACCUGCUGGAAGUGAAGUAAAUCAUUCUUCAGAUAUACCGGAUAUCUAGAUAAAUACCGUUACGGUAACUUAACUCACUCUACGGUUAAUGUACUUGCUCUGAAGUGCCAGUUUCACUCUGCUUGCUGCUUACAGUGCGGUGCAAGACGAGACUCUCCGCAUCCUUCACAAGGCACUCGAUUUGAAGUCCUGAAAUAAGCUCAAAACCCGAGAGAGGUUGCGGAUAGAAUAACGACUUAUUUUCCCAACUUUUUGGUAGAAUUUUAACUAUCCAUUGCUCGUUAAAAUUCUGUAUAAAUAUUAAUCUUUACAAAGACAGGCGUACAAGAAAUUAUCUUGGUAAAGUUCAUUAGCGCAGAAUCUACUAAUGAAGUUUUUUACGAUUUUAUCAUUAGUAGCAACGUUGGCUGUUGCGCGGGUCUCUUCACAGAACUUGCAAUGCAAGAGGAGAGGAGGUGCUUGCGUUGUCCAGAGAUCUGUACUACAGAGAAGCUGCAGAAAGCUUCCUUAUGACUGCGGGAACACGACUGCCAUUUGCUGCCGGAAUACCAAGAAAUAUAGAGGAGAAAGAAGAAAGUGUAAAAGAUCGCCAAAAUGCUUAAAGGAAAGUGGCACCUGCCUGCAAUGGAUGGACGUCAGCACCUGCACCACAGUCACCGUAGAUAAUCUCUGUCGUGGGAAGUCCUGCACCUGUUGCCUCGGAGACAACAGACAGUGUGGAAGCUCUGCGAGCUGCACACAACAAGGGGGCUUUUGUACAAAGAAGAAUAAGAGAAAUAAAUAUUGCUCUCUGGGAACCGUUGACGAGACCUUAUGUUCUGGUAAAAAAUGUGUAUGCUGUAUUGUCAAGUCGCCAGGAACACUAGCACCGGCUCCGACUACCGACUGCUCAUGUGGGCGGGCUAAUGAAGGUGUGCGUAUUGUCGGUGGUGAGGACGUUUCUACCCCGAACAAAUAUCCAUGGAUGGUAGGCCUCAAGUUUUCGGAUGGGUUUAAUGGGUACUCGUGUGGUGCAACCCUAAUCAAUAAUCGUUACGCCCUUACAGCUGCUCACUGCCUUUACGAUCCUAUCUCCAGUAAACCCGUUAAAGCUAAGGAGAUGCAGGUGGGCCUAGCCGACCAUCAACAACUCUCAACGAACGAUGACAUUCCUGGAGUUACUAGACUCGUCAAAGUAGACAGCUAUAUCGUUCAUCCGGAAUACAGUAUCAAAGGUUAUGGAGAAGACAUUGCUCUAGUCAAACUGAAAGAACCCGUAGAUCUCACAGCCUACAAAGAGAUCAAGCCAGCGUGUCUGCCAAAGGAUGACAGCAACACUUACGAAGGAUAUAAUGGUAUUGUAGCGGGAUGGGGAGUGCAGGAUUACAAUGAUGGGUCUUCGUACCCGGAUGUUCUCAUGGAGGUCAGUGUCCCUAUCUUGGACACUAAAUGCAAUGGUUAUAACCCCUCAUUUAAAAUCACCAAGAAGAUGAUGUGUGCGGGGUAUAAAAAAGGUGGUAAAGAUGCUUGUAGUGGAGACUCGGGUGGACCCAUGGUCGUGAAUGAAAAUGGCAUCUACACUUUAGUAGGAAUUGUUUCCCUUGGAGAGGGAUGUGCCGAGCCAAACGCGCCAGGUAUAUACACAAGGGUCUCCAAAUAUCUGGACUGGAUUGCUCAAAAUACAAAUGAUGCCAGCUAUUGCUCUCUGUAAGGAUAAUCACUGAUGGCGGGAGAAUUCUGUGUAGUCUUGGGACAGUUUCCUCAGGGCACUAGAAUUAGUUUCUUUCUCUUUAUUCCUUCAAUUGUAAUAAUGAUAAUGGUUAUUUUUGGUGUACAUUUGAUGUUGUCAUUGAUAAGAAAGCAUUAGGCAUAGCUUUACUUUGAUCAAUAAAACUGAAUUAUUAAUCUUGA